ACAAGGAAGUGCUUCUCGUUCUAUUAUUGGCUGGUAUUUGAGAUUUGCAUUCACGUCUGAAAUUUUGGCGCACGAACACAAGUGACAUUCGUGAAAAUUUUUUUAAAUUUCUAAUAUUCGUAUACAAUGGAACAGCAGACCGAGGAACACGGCCCUAAGACGCCGGAGGAGAUAAAAAAGACCUCGCUGGGUUUGUUUUGCGAUGAGCGCGGCUAUCUGAACCAGGUGGCGUUCAUCCUGGAGCACGGCCGCAGGAAGGGAGACCGCACCGGGACCGGCGUCAUCUCUGUGUUCGGCACCCAGGCCCGAUACAGCCUUCGCGAUCAAUUUCCUCUGCUGACAACCAAGAAAGUAUUUUGGAAAGGAAUCCUUGAAGAAUUGCUUUGGUUUAUCAAGGGGUCGACGAAUUCCAAGGAGCUGUCGGAGAAAGGCGUGAAGAUUUGGGAUGCUAACGGCUCGCGCAGCUUCCUGGACAAGUGCGGCUUCACCGAGCGUGAGGAAGGCGACCUGGGUCCCGUGUAUGGCUUCCAGUGGCGCCACUUUGGCGCAGAGUACACCGACAUGCACACCGAUUACACAGGGCAAGGCGUUGACCAGCUACAGCAAGUCAUCAACACCAUUAAGAGCAAUCCAGAUGACAGGCGCAUCAUCAUGUGCGCGUGGAACCCUAAAGACCUGCCUCUGAUGGCAUUGCCUCCCUGCCAUGCCCUGUGCCAGUUCUACGUGUGCGACGGCGAGCUGUCCUGCCAGCUGUACCAGCGCUCUGGCGAUAUGGGCCUGGGCGUGCCUUUCAACAUCGCCAGCUACGCUCUCCUCACGUACAUGAUCGCGCACAUCACGGGACUCCAGCCGGGCGACUUUGUCCACACGUUGGGCGACGCGCACAUCUACCUCAACCACGUGGAACCGUUGAAAGUGCAGCUGCAGCGGGAGAUCCGCCCCUUCCCCAAAAUGAAGAUCCUGCGAAAAGUGGAGCGCAUUGACGAUUUCCGCGCAGACGACUUCGAGAUUUUGGACUACAACCCGCACCCAGCCAUCAAGAUGGAGAUGGCCGUGUGAGGCCUGUUGCUAUAUAUAUUUUUUUGUUGUACUCAUAAAAUAUCAAAAAGUGUUACAAAAAAAUCUCAAACUACAAAGAGACGGACGGUAUGUUCAUGCUGACACAAACGAGGAAGACUUCUACUACAACUCAGUAAGUUGUUGUUGUGUUUUUAUGCCCUGCAGUAUUAUGUGGGGAGGAAAUUGGUGAGGUUGUUGUUAUUCUGAAAAUUAUAUUAAACACAGUUUGGGACUCGGGCCGCAAACAAAAAAACCCAAAACAUUUAAUUAGUGGAUUAAUUCCGAAGGGUCUCCAGAGACCCAAUUGUCUGUGCACAAGCUAUUAAAACGCCAAUUUCCAUAAAAUGUCUUCUUGAAAGACACGUUUGGGGGCAGGGGGAAGCAUUUAACGUUCCUUUGUACUCAUGUUUAAAAAUAGAUUGCAUCUUGAAAAUGUUAUUUUAUUUAAAUAAAGAAUGUGCGGUGGACUUUAAUUUU